AACGAAGAAGAGACCGAGCAGCGGAGGAGGCUGGGCUGGAGGUGUAGAUUCCUCCGCCUUCCUCCUGAGUCGCCGUUCCGCUUUCGCCGCCGCGCUCCCCGCUUCUGACAGAAAGACCUGUAAAAUGAAGCUAUGGGCGUCAGAACACAUAUUCAACCACCCGUGGGAGACGGUGACCAAGGCGGCGAUGCAGAAGUACCCCAACCCAAUGAACCCCAACGUGUUCGGGGUGGACGUUCUGGCCAGAGGGGUGGACCCCGCGGGGAGGCUACACAGCAGCCGCCUGCUCACCGCCGACUGGGGCAUGCCCUCCAUGGCCAUGUCGAUGAUCGGAAUAACGAGAUCAUUCACCUACGCCCAGGAGCACUCAAUCGUUGACCCAAAGGAGAAGACCUUCGAGCUGAAGUCCACUAACAUCUCCUUCACUAACAUAAUAUCGGUGGACGAGAAGUUGACCUACAAGCCACACCCUGAUGACCCUGAGAAGACCAUGUUGACCCAGGAGGCUCAGAUCAACGUUAAAGCCAUCAGUCUCAGCAGCUACCUGGAAGGCGUCAUCGCCAAGAGCAUCUCUGCCAACGCCAACAAGGGCCGGGAGGCGAUGGAGUGGGUCAUCCGGAGGCUGAACUCUGAGAUCGAGGAGCUGGCGUCGACCGCUCGGGGCAGCAUGCGGGCCCCCAUGGCGGCAGCGGCCUCGGAAGACAAGUGACCCCCCCACCCCCGCCACUCCGUGGAACCUCCUGCACUCGUAACAUCCCGUCCCCCCGUUCCGCACGUGCGUCUUGUCUGAAUGCGUGUGCGUGUGCCCGUGUGCAGCUCUCUAUCCUUGCUUUGUGACACACACACACACACGCACACACACACACACGCACACGCAGGGCGAGGGAGGAAUCCGGUAGACUUGAACAGCCCCGCAUCGGAGAAAAAGACUUGAAAAUAUCAUCUGUUUCCUUUUUCAGUAUUGUGAUAACGGUAUUGUGUAGGUGUUUUCUAAUUCACAUCGUGCCUCAGCAUCCCUCGUCCCCCUGCUCUUUAAACCAUCGUCCCUCCUCCCUCUGCCUUCUCUUCCAUAGCUUCUCGUCUCCACAGAGAUGUGUUCUGGUCUUUAGCAGCCAUAGACUGUCGACUUUACGCUUCUAAUCCUCCAAUGGUCACUGGGCUGCUCUUUAUGGGGCUCUGUUCCUCUUGAGCUGUUCUUAUCUUACAGCGUGCCCGUGACCGAAACAAAGAGUUAAUAUUUGACACUGUUAAUAUUUAACCAAGCCGCUCAACAUCGCAUCAAGCUUUCAGAAAUUAAAUGGACGAUAGCCAAAGCCACCUUUCCUUUACUCCUUUUUAAAGAUUACUGCUUUUGUAUAUGUGGCCCCUCAAUUUGUUACAUGCCCCAAAUCGUGCUUGAAUAUAGAUUUUAUUUGGUUACACUAGGUUUGCUUAGCAUACCUGUACUGGUCAGCACUGGUAAACCUGCAGUACUUGUGACUAGGAGUGCCUGUCACCUUCAAGACGGUAUGAAUGCGCACAUGAGUAACAAGCAGAUCAAUACUGCUACUUUGUGUUCAGGACCAUUAAGAAGUGAAUGUUACCAAACACUUGCUAACACAUCCUUGCUGUGAUCCUCAACGUUGAAAUCGAACACGUUUUGGCUUUUGUGAUUUUGUUCAUUUGUUUGUUUUUGUCUAUAGUAUUUAUUGCCAAUCUAUGGCGUUCCCUCAAUAUAACAGUAUAUAUUUUUUAAAGGUUUACCUUGUUAUAAAAAUUCUUGCUCUAAAAUCUCCCUUCAAGCUGCCAUCUUUCCUGCUUUUUCUUCGUUCUCCUCCGCCCCCCCCCCCCAGUCAGAAUGUCGCUUCACAAAGGUCCUUUGGGGAUCACUUUGUGGUGCCGGUGACAGCCUUCAAAAAUAAUGAUAAGAACCCGCAUUACUGUUUUAACUGAAGACUAUUUCAAGAUUUUGGUAAUGGCUGUCUCAAGACAAAAUGCCCCUACUGCAUUGGUAUGCCUCUGUGUCCAUGACAACAGCUUGUAUAGGUGCAAUGGUUGUCCACAUAAUGAUCAUUGCGUUGGUUGUAGAAUAUAGAGUCAGUCAGAUCUGUGAUGCCACCAGGCUGUUGAAGAAGCCCGUAUUCAAGCAGCCUCUUGUUUCAUAUGAAUGUGUGAUGUUCGUGCUACACAAGAGUUUUCUGAAAACAAUGGCUGUACAUAGCUAUGUAUGUAUUUAUAUAUUUUGGCAAUGUAAUGCAUUCCAAGAAUGUCAUAAUGCAGAAUAACAGUAGAAAGUACAUGUGACUGACGAAUGAUUCACAGCAAAAUAAUAAUAAUAAUAAUAAUAAAAGAGAUUUUCAUUGUUCCAGUAA